AUGUUCGAACACGAGCUAGAGGAACAGACCGAUGAACAAGAGGUUUUGGUCGUCGACCAGACGCCCACACAAGAGCAGCGCAAGGCCGCACGACGCGUAGAGAAGUUUGAAAGAAGAAUUAUAAGAAACCGCAUAGCGCACCUCGACCAAUUGCUUGCACGCGCGAGAGAAAAGGCAUACGCGGCACAUUACCGCGCGGCCGAUCUGAGCAAAAAGAUCGAGGAAGAACGACCAGCCCUCAUCGAGGCCUUGCUUCCAUACGAAAGGCGCAAAGCAGCAAGAUCGAAACAAAGAGCCCGAAAACAGCACACGAUAUUCCUUAACCGGUUCUUCCGCCUGCCUCGAGAGAUCCGCGACUUAAUAUACCACCACGCCUGGAGCGGCACGAUAAUAUCCUUCUACCAAGAGCUAACCUGGAACUUCGCGGAGCACAAUCUAAUGCCUCAGGGCCCAAUUAUUACGGCUGAGUAUUCAUCUACUGGUACAUACAGGGCAAGUCUCAUGUCGACAUGCGAUCUUGUAGCGCCAGAGAACGGAGGCCCCUGUAAGGGACUUAGACACGCGCAAGAGUAUGCAUGGAUAUGGAUGAGCCAGCAGAUCUACGCGGAGUCUACGGCGCAGUUCUAUCGGUAUACACAGUUCGUGCGUUCUCCGCGGGCUGAACGGCAGUACUAUCAUAUGUGCGCGCACAUCGUUCCGAGACGCAAAUUGUACGAAUCCGCGUACGCCUUCCCGAAUAUCCUGCUCGCCCGCCGCGUGCUGCUCGAUGUCGGAUACGAAAUAUGCCUUGACGUCGCAAACCACGGUAUAUCGGCCUCGAUUCUGGAACUGCUGGCUAUGGCGAAAAAGGGUGAAGAGAAGAAGGCGCUGCAGGUGAGUUGGAUUAGGGUUAUAAGGAGUAUGGCGGACACGAAACCUUUUCAGCUUAAGGAUCUGGUUCCGGCGAGUACGCCUCACUCUAUGGCUAGUAGAGCGUUCGAGGAGCUGGUGUUGAAGGAUUUGGAGAGGGUGGGCUGGGAGAUUAAGGUUGGUGAAGAGGAAACGUGA